CGUGGCCACCGGCGCCGUUGGCGGUGCGCGCGCAGGUUGCAGCGGGCGGGGCCUAAGGCUGCGAGGCCGGGCCGGGCCGGGCUGAGGACUCGCAUCAAAGAUGGCGCUGUGCGGACGUGUCCCGGCCCGGAGCCGUAGACCGGGCCCUUUUCUCUUCCUCCUCCUGCUGCUGCUGCUGCUGGUGGCUCUCGAGCCGGCCCGGGCGCAGCAAGGCGGGGCUGCGGCGGUCAUCGCCGCCGGAGGGUUCCCGGGUCAGGGACAGCAGCAGGCGGGGCUGGGGGCCCAACAGCCGCCUCAACUGGGGCUGGGAGUGGGAGCACCGCAGGGCGCCGGCGGAGGACCAGGGGCGGCGGGAGGUGGGCGGCUGCUUCGCGGCAGCGGCGGCGGCUGGAAGCUGGCGGAGGAGCCGGUGUGCCGCGAAGACGUGGCCCGCGUCUGCCCCAAACACAGCUGGGCCAACAACCUGGCCGUUCUCGAGUGCCUGCAGGACGUGCGGGAGCCGGAAAAUGAAAUCUCAUCAGACUGCAACCAUCUGUUGUGGAACUACAAGUUGAACCUGACCACAGAUCCAAAAUUUGAAUCAGUGGCUAGAGAGGUUUGCAAGUCCACUAUUUCAGAGAUCAAAGAAUGUGCUGAUGAACCUGUUGGAAAAGGGUACUUACUGUCCUGCUUAGUAGAUCAUAGAGGAAACAUCACCGAAUACCAGUGUCACCAGUACAUCACCAAAAUGACAGCCAUAAUUUUCAGUGAUUACCGCCUGAUCUGUGGUUUCAUGGAUGACUGCAGAAAUGAUAUUAACAUCCUGAAGUGUGGCAGCAUUCGACUUGGAGAAAAGGAUGCCCAUUCUCAAGGUGAGGUGGUGGCAUGCCUGGAGAAAGGUCUGGUGAGGGAGGCAGAAGAGAAUGAGCCCCGAAUGAAAGUCUCAGACUUGUGCAAGAAGGCUAUUCUCCGUGUAGCUGAGCUCUCCUCAGAUGACUUCCACUUGGACCGACACUUAUAUUUCGCUUGCCGGGAUGAUCGAGAGCGUUUCUGUGAAAAUACUCAGGCUGGGGAAGGCAGGGUGUACAAGUGUCUCUUUAACCACAAAUUUGAAGACUCUAUGAGUGAAAAGUGUCGUGAUGCAUUGACAACCCGGCAAAAAUUGAUUGCGCAAGAUUACAAAGUCAGUUACUCAUUGGCAAAGUCUUGCAAAAGUGACUUAAAGAAGUACCAUUGUAACGUAGAGAAUCUUCCCCGUUCCCGAGAGGCCCGGCUAUCCUAUCUGCUGAUGUGUUUAGAAUCUGCUGUGCACAGAGGUCGGCAGGUGAGCAGUGAAUGCCAGGGAGAAAUGUUGGAUUACCGGCGCAUGUUGAUGGAAGAUUUUUCACUGAGUCCAGAGAUCAUCCUUGGUUGCCGCAGUGAGAUUGAGCACCACUGCUCUGGACUGCAUCGGAAGGGCCGCACUCUCCACUGCCUGAUGAAAGUUGUGCGAGGAGAGAAGGGGAACCUGGGAGUUGGCUGCCAGCAGUCGCUUCAAACACUAAUCCAGGAGGCAGACCCUGGUGCUGAUUACCGCAUUGACAGAGCUUUGAAUGAAGCCUGUGAAUCAGUGAUACAAACAGCCUGCAAACACAUCCGUGCUGGAGAUCCCAUGAUUCUCUCUUGCCUUAUGGAGCAUUUGUAUACAGAGAAGAUGGUGGAGGAUUGUGAGCACAGGCUUCUGGAGCUCCAGUACUUCAUCUCACGGGAUUGGAAACUGGAUCCUGUCCUCUACCGUAAGUGCCAGGGAGAUGCAUCCCGACUUUGCCACACACGCGGCUGGAAUGAGACAAGCGAGAUGAUUCCUCCUGGGGCUGUCUUCUCCUGCCUGUACAGACACGCCUACCGGACAGAGGAACAGGGAAGGAGGCUAUCCCGAGAAUGCAGAGCGGAAGUACAGCGAAUUCUGCACCAGCGUGCCUUGGAUGUAAAACUGGAUCCAGCUCUCCAGGACAAGUGCAUGAUCGAUCUGGGGAAGUGGUGCAGUGAGAAAACAGAGACAGGACAGGAACUUGAAUGUCUCCAGGACCACCUGGAUGACUUAGCGGCUGAAUGCAGAGACAUAGUUGGAAACCUUACAGAGCUGGAGUCAGAGGAUAUCCAGAUAGAAGCCUUGCUGAUGAGAGCAUGUGAGCCAAUUAUCCAGACCUUCUGCCAUGAAGUGGCAGACAACCAGAUCGACUCAGGAGACCUCAUGGAGUGCCUCAUUCAGAACAAACACCAGAAAGAGAUGAAUGAGAAAUGUGCAAUUGGAGUCACACACUUCCAGCUGGUUCAGAUGAAAGAUUUCAGAUUCUCUUAUAAAUUUAAAAUGGCCUGCAAGGAGGAUGUCCUGAAGCUGUGUCCCAACAUCAAGAAAAAGGUGGAUGUGGUGAUUUGCCUGAGCACCAUUGUGCGCAAUGACACACUGCGGGAUGCAAAGGAGCACCAGGUCUCUAUGAAGUGCCGCAAACAGCUGCGUGUUGAAGAGCUGGAAAUGACUGAGGAUAUCCGGCUGGAACCAGACCUUCAUGAGGCAUGCAAAGCUGACAUCAAGGACUACUGCCAGAACAUUCCCUAUGGCAAUGCUCAGAUUAUUGAGUGUCUGAAAGAAAACAAGAAGCAACUGAGCACCCGUUGCCACCAGAAGGUCUUCAAACUCCAGGAGACGGAGAUGAUGGAUCCAGAACUGGAUUACACUCUCAUGCGUGUCUGCAAGCAGAUGAUCAAGAGGUUCUGCCCUGAAGCAGAUGCAAAGAACAUGUUGCAGUGUUUGAAACAGAACAAGAAUAGUGAGGUGAUGGAUCCCAAAUGCAAGCAAAUGAUUACCAAGCGCCAGAUUACACAGAACACAGAUUACCGCCUGAAUCCAGUGCUCAGGAAAGCCUGCAAAGCAGACAUCCCAAAAUUUUGUCAGAGCAUUCUGACCAAGGCCAAGGAUGACUCCGAGCUGGAAGGGCAGGUCAUAUCCUGCUUGAAGCUGAAAUAUGCAGACCAGCGUCUAUCUCCGGACUGUGAAGAUCAGAUUCGAGUGAUUAUCGAGGAAUCGGCUCUUGACUAUCGGUUAGAUCCUCAGUUGCAGAUGCAUUGCUCAGAAGAGAUUUCUAGCUUGUGUGCAGAGGAAGCAGCAGCCCAGGAGCAGACAGGACAAGUGGAAGAGUGUCUGAAAGUGAAUCUGCUUAAAAUUAAGACAGACAUGUGCAAGAAGGAGGUGCUCAACAUGCUGAAGGAGAGUAAAGCUGACAUCUUUGUGGAUCCUGUCCUCCAUACUGCCUGUGCCCUUGACAUCAAGCACCACUGUGCUGCCAUCCCACCAGGAAGAGGGAGACAGAUGUCCUGUCUGAUGGAGGCCCUGGAGGACAAGCGUGUACGGUUACAGCCUGAGUGUAAGAAGCGCCUUAACGACCGGAUUGAAAUGUGGAGCUAUGCUGCCAAGGUUGCCCCAGCGGAAGGUUUUUCUGAUCUUGCCAUGCAAGUGAUGAUCUCUCCAUCUAAGAACUACAUCCUUUCGGUGAUCAGUGUGGGCAUCUGUAUCCUGUUCCUGAUCGGCCUGGUGUGUGGGCGCAUCACUAAGCGAGUGACACGAGAGCUGAAGGACAGAGUAGACAUGUUUUGGUUCUGAGAGAAGCAACAUGCAUGUACAAAGAGUGACUCCGGAUGGCAUAUAAGCGUUUGUAUUCGAGGCCCCUCCUGCAGCUUGCAAAACCAGCCCAGUGGUGAGAAGUAAACAGUAGAUGAUGCACCUAAUAUUGGAUGACCUUAGUCCUUUAAAAAUGUAACAUUAACAAUGGUUUUUUGUAUAUUGUUUUUCCUUUCUAUGUACAAAAUCUUGGCCAUUCUUUGUUUUUACAUGUUCAUGCUGUGUAAUUUUGAAUUGUUAACUGAGAUUCUGAACAUAAUGUGCAUUUUUUCUGUACAGAUGAAAUGGGAGAAUUUAAUAAAAAAGAGUCUGCAGGUU